AUGGCCCUCGUCUCGAAGGUCCUUACCAUUGCCUCAUUGCUCUACCUUGCCAGCGCUGUCUUAUGGAUCCCUGUUGGUCCUGAAGGCAGCCAGUGCGUGGUCGAGGACGAUUGUGGUGCGGGAGGCAUCGGUGCUGCUGGUGAUGACCCGAAUGCUAUUUGCCCCGACAACAAGGAUUGUUUCUCGAGGAUCUCCGAUGCCGUCACCAGCCUCAUGAACGACGAUGGGGGAUCCAACCCGGUGGACCCUGACAGCCUCUGCGCGCAGUCGCUGAAGGUGGUAAUGGCGGACUGUGCGGAAUGCUGGCGCUGCAACAAACCACUUUCCGGCAAUGUACGCCUCCAUGCCCUGCCCGAGGCCCUGCCAGGGACCGCGGCGGGCCCUCCCGUGGUGGUGGCGGCCGCGGCGGUCGCCUCGCUCGCGGCGGCGCUGGCGGGGGCGGUGGCGUGGCGCGGCCGGCGCGCUGCGCCUGCAGUGGCGCGCAGCGCGUUGGUGGCGGAGGGGCAGGGCGAGGACGCGCCGAUGGUGGAGGGCGGCAGCGGGGCAGCGUCGGCCCCCUGA